AUGAUGCACCUCGGAUACCAAUUUCUCGGAAGAGGGUGCAGCAUUCGAAAGAUUCGCCUUGGGAACCUGUUUGUCCGCAUGACGCGGAGCACAUCACACCUCGACGACUAUCUGGACGUUUUCGUACUCGUCGUUGUUUCCAGGAAGUCGAAGACCAACCCCAACAACAAGCUGAGUCAUCAGUUUCUUGCAAGGCAUAGGGACUCGCGGCUCUGCGGAAUGGGCCAUGUGUUCCUGUGGCUUCAUUUCAUCUACGACCUCGUUCCUCUGCGCUACGGCCCCAAUGGUUGCUCCUACAACGAUAUCGGCACUCUGGGCGGAUGGGCGCAGGGGGAGUUGCGGAGGUGUUAUGCGUUUGGCAUUCCGUUCAAGCCGGUUUGGCUGCUGGCAGGAUUCAGCGGGGAUCGUGGAGACUACUACAUCGGGAGAGCCCGCGCCAAGCUUCCGCGGCAUAAGGAUAAGGAGAAUGAUGAGUGGUUGCAGCUCUUGGAUCUCUUGAGGCUUCACAUUUUCCCCUGGGUCGAAGAGGGUUGGAAGAAGGACGCUAUCUUUCGCACGACCGCAGAAGAGAAGAUGCAGAAGAUGCACCUCACCGCCAAUAUGCUCAGGGAGGAGCUUGGGAUUUUGAGAGGACGUGAAAUGCAGUUGGCGAUGGAGAACGCUGAACUGAGGGAGAAACUCGCCGCUGAGCGAGAGGACAAGGCUCGGGUCAUUGCAGAGUUCGAAGCAUACAAGAGGUCUGUUGCGGCCAGGGAUGACGCGGCAAACACCUCUGCAGAGAUCGACGGAUCGUCGAAGAGCGCGGGAACAGGAGCAAACCAGGCAACGGACGCAUCCAAAGCACCAGUUGCCGUGGAAGAAUUCUUCGUCGUGGUCGUUGUGUCUUGGCGCGAAGCCACCACUGUUGCUGCUGCCUGGAAAGUGUGGGUGCAGCCAAGCCUCAUCAUGGGCGGCAGGUCACUGCGCGAAGUCUUUGCAGAGUUCGACCGGUAUAAGAAGAAGAACAAGAAUUCCAGCUUCAUCACCGCAUAUUCCCGGUUCGCUGACAAAGGUACGCCCGGGAUGGCUGUGGGUGCAUGCGAGCGAAAGAUGCGUCACGUGCAUCGUGUCAUGGUUUCCGUGGAGACGCUAAGAAAAGACAGCUCCGAGGCGGCGACCGCAACGGCCAUUAAGCUGCUGGACGAGGUUUUACUCGUGUGCAACUUCACGGAAUUCACCAACGGCCUGGCGGUGCUGCAUGAGACUCCGCCCAUCAAGAAACAGAAGACUGGUUCGUCGACGGAAAAGAGGACCGUCAACGACUUGGCGCAACGCAUAGUGGGCUGGCUGUUAGUCAAGAAGGGCCUUCGCGACCAGAAGUGGGCAACUUCGCUGUUUGGGGAUGAUGAGUGGGAGGAGAUCCACAAGGAACACAUGGCGCAGGAGAAGGCGGAAGAGGAGAAACAACGAACCGCUGCGGCGAAGAAGGCGGAACGGGAAAAGGCGAAGGGCGAAGCGUCGAAACGCUAG